AAUAGUAAGGCGAUAGCAUCAGGAUGAAUGGUUACACACCAGAACGGGUGCCUGACAGGUUUGAAAAACUAAUAGGCUCAUUUAAUGCUUACAGCGGUAGUGGAGGAUGGAACCAUAAGGAGAACUCUAAACAAGUUCAAAUUCCUGCGGCUGAAACCAAUAAAUUAGAUGGACUUGAUGCCCAAAGUCAAGUUGGGCCUGCUGAUUCUCCUUCUACUGGGCCAAAUCAAGUUGCCAUAAAUACCCACCCUUUGGAACCUGUCCUAAACUUGAACAUCGGAAUCGAAGGACAGAAAAUUCUAGAAACAGAGCAGGGCACAAUAGCAAUGACAGAAAAAGGAAAGGCAGAGGGCUCCUUUCGGGCGGGCAUGGAGAGCGAAUCAGGGGAAAUUUCAGAAUGGAUGAAGAGAAGCGAGAGAGUGAAGCCAAAAAAAUCAAGGAAGAGAGCCAAAUCAUCCUCCUCUGUGUACAGGAAUGCAAAGCCAAGUGGAGCUCAUAUCUCACCAAGGAAAGGGAAAGGAGGAGAGGUACGAGCAGUGGCAAUGGGCAAUGAAGAAGAAGUCAUCCAGCAAAUAGAAAAGAUGGAAACCAGAGACAGAGAAGCAAGAGACAUCAAAGCCGGUGGUGAGAAGGGAGCCAAUGGAAUGUCAGGGGUCAUUUGGAAUGUAAAUGUGAUCCAGAAAAUAAGUUUGAUUGAAGGUGAUUCUUUUAUCGACAUUAAAGGACUAUGGGGGUCAGACAAAACCCCUAUCCAUCUUCUAAAUGUUUAUUCCUCAUGUGAGCUUGCAAAGAAAAGAACUUUAUGGAUGGAUCUCAAACAAACUAUUCGGGAUGCUGAUGGAAUUUGGUGUUUGAUAAGAGAUUUCAAAGCAGUUCGAAAUGAUUGUGAGAGGGUUGGAAGAGGAGUUACAACAACAGAAAUGAGGGAGUUCGAUGCUUUCAUCAGAGAUGCAGGACUACUAGACCUUCCUUUUUACGGGAGAAAAUACACAUGUAGAUCUAUUUCUGACCACUGCCUUGUUCUUCUCAAGAAUCAAAAAGUUGAUUGGGGACCUAAGCUCUUCAGAUUCUUCGAUACAUGGAUAGAGAAGGAAGGGUUCAAAGAAUUGGUCAAGGAUGCCUGGACAAAGGAUACCAUGCAAGGUUGGAAACGAUUUUGCCUAAAAGGAAAACUAAAGAAAACCAAGGCAGCGUUGAAAGAGUGGACUGCUAACCACAUAGAAGAAGUGGAGAGCAAGAUACAAAAUUCUAUUCAAACCAUUGCACAACUUGACACUAAGAAUGAAUCAUGUGGACUCAAUAGGUAGGAGACAGAAGAGAGGAAGGCAUGCUUCAUUGAACUCUGGAAAAACAUGAGAAUAAAAGAAAGGACUUGGC